AGGAUGGUCGACACGCCGGCGCUGCAGAACCUGAUCUCGUGGUCGGCCGACGGCAAGAGCUUCCUCGUGUACUCGCCCGAGGAGUUUGCGCGCACCGUGUUGCCCCAGUUCUUCAAGCACUCGAACUUUGCGUCGUUCCUGCGGCAGCUCAACUUCUACAGCUGGUCCAAGGUGAACGACGUUCUCGGCUCGAACCAGCCGACGCUCAAGCCCGACGGCACGCCUGUACAAGCUUGGGAGUUCCGCAACCCGAACUUUCAGCGCGGCCGACCCGACCUCCUCGCGCGCAUCAAGCGCAAG